AGCAGACCUCAAAGGAACAUAUUAUCUUUCUUGUUACGAUCAUGCAAUUGGGAAUUAAUGGAGAUGAACAACAUUCAGAACUAUUUUCAAUAAUUUGAUGUUCCUGUCAACCAAGAAACAAUCACAUUCUUUUUGUUUAUUUACUACCAAGCGGCAUGCGAUGAUUCACAACAAACGUCAAAAAACGUGAACUAAGCUACGCAUUGUCGACGAAAUGACAGUUGAGAGCCGCAUCUAUAAGAAUGUAUCUAUAUUUAAAAGGAGAUGGCGAACGCAUUGCCCUGUCAGGAAUUGACCUAAAAGAUGGAUGUUUACCUUCCAUUGACGGACAGGGGCCUGGGGUCAGUGAUAAGGAUGGCACACCUGUAAGACUAGAGCCUGCUGUUUGGUUCAAAGUGCUCGUAUUGGACAAUGUUUGCAUUGAUUGCAACCGCAGGAUCGUAAAGUGGGGGACGGAUGAACUGUCAGGGUCCUGUAGUAGUAGUGUCAUUGAGGAUACUCUCACUUCAGAUGAUGUUGAAAGAAGGGUGUCUACCUACAGGACGAGUCUUUUCCUUGGAGGCGAAUGUUACGACUACUCCUCAAAUCCAGAUGAGCUAUUCGAUAAAGCCAAAUUGGCAAUAAUCAACAACAAUAAACGUAAGAUUACCCGCUCAGAGCUUCACAAUAUAGUGAUCCAGUUGCUCCAUACUCACAUUCUCCCUGCUGUUAAACUACGGACUGAUGACCUUGAGAAAGUUGAAGAAGCUUUAGAAAUUCAGUGUAACUAUAUUGCCGAGGCAGAUGAGAAAAUUACAAAACUAGAUGGUAAAAUUCAAAUUGAUGAAAAAACUCUCAAGAAUCUUAGAGAAAAACUGAUUGUGGGAUAUCAGAAUGGUGAGAUUGACGUAACAAAGUGUCCUGAAAUGGUAAUGGUUAAACUUAAGACAAGUCUCGUUAAAGAUGUUUGUAAGACCAGAGAUGAUUUGGACAGUUGCCAGGCUGAUGUUGACAUGAUUAAGGCACAAAUGACUUGUAAAAAUACCAUUCCAGAUUCAACUGUAUCACAACUCAGUGAAAAACGUGAAAUAAGGAAUAAUGUCCAAGAUGUGUAUGAAAAUCUGAUAAUGUCAAGAGAAAACCUGAAAGUAGCUUCGGAAGAAAUGAAACGGAAAGUGUCGUUCUUGACAAAUUGUUUGUCAAAGUUAACGAAAGGAUCACAACCAUCACAGAUGAGGUACGAUCAAUUCCAUAAGAUAUAUCUUGGGAUUGAGGAAAAGAUUUUAGAACGUAAGAAAGACAUGCAUGAACUGAUGGAAAAUAAACUCCUUAUGAUGAGUGUUCGUGAAGCUCUUCAGGCCACUAUUAAAGAACUGAAAGAAGGGGAACCAACAGAAGGAAUCGACAUACACAAAUCUAGGAGCCGUCGGUCUACAGAUGUUCUAAGACACUCCAGUCUACCCCUUGAAUGGCUUACCCUCUCUGAGAAGGUCGCAGCAUUUGUGACCAAUGAACAAUCGGAUAUUGGAAAAUGUCACCAAACUUUCUGUGACAUGCUCAAAGGCAAAUGUAUCGCACUCGAUGAACCAUACGGUUUGUGGAGGUCUUCUUUGACUUGUAAUGCAAGUCUUGAAAAAGCUGAAUUGUGGAUGAUGGAAAAGCAACUUGCAUUUAAUGACCCCAAACCUGACAUGCGUGAGUCUGAUUUAGCACAUGAGGCAUAUGAUAAUCUUGUUGAGAAAACACCCAUCUCAGGUGAUGACCAUGAUUAUGUGUUUGUAUAUGACAAUGCCAGGAACCCUCUACAGGAAUCAAUGAUGAAACUCAGGUGUGAAAUAAAUGAUCACUUCAAGGAAAUAACCAAUAUGAUCCUGAAUGAAUUGAAAAGCAGCAAUGCAAAGAGCAAUAUAGAAAAGGUGUGGCUCUGCUAUGAAUCACACUUCUAUGAAAUAGCAGGUCCUCUUCUGAACAUUGUCUAUCAGAAGAUCUACUUUGACACAAGCAGAAAUCUCAAGAAGGAGGUUCCACUGUUAACAUUGGAGGAACUUGAUAUCAAAGAACCUUGGAUUUUGGAAUUGUUGAGCCGUGAUCCGAUACUGAGGGACAGUGGCUUCCAAGGUAGUGGAGACGGCUCUCCAAUAGAUUCUCCAAAUAGUCCUAUCUUACCACGUAAAGUCUCAUAUGACACAAUGUCUCUAAGAUCUAUUAACAUUGAGGAUAUAAAUUUGGAAAGUAAGGCUUAUGAUUUGAUGGUCCCUUUCGAAAAAGCAAUCCUAGAGGAUGGUAGACAGAAAACAAUGGAAAAUCUUGAGUGUAACUCAACAGUAGAGGGUGUAACCAAAAAGAUUCCAAUCGGGAAAUUUCGUACAGAGAUAAAUGUAAAACUGAAUAAACUACGUCCAUAUAAGGACCUCUCCUAUUUACCAGGAAAGAGAAAUGUUGCCACGAGUCAGUCCAAUAUUGUGGGAGUAGUGCGAAUAAGACCAAAAUCAACUCGAUGUAAAGGUAUAAAAAGAACUGGGAAACUAUAUGACGCUUCAGAUGAAACAGAAAUGAUUGAUUUUUCAGGGUCAGCUACAACUGAUGUACAUGCUCUUGACCUUGCCAUUCACAAUACAAAAACAACUUCAUUCCAAAACGAUGAAAUCCAAAAUGAUGAAAUCGAAAAAAAUAAAAUCCACCAUGAACAAAGUGUAAGUAAAUCAAAGAAAGUUGAUAUUUCGCAAAUUACUUUUACUGAGAUAUUCAAAGAUGCUUUCGACUGUCUGGAUGACUUCUUGCGUGAAGCUGUCCCUCUGCAACAGCUACAGAUCCUAACACGCUGCGUUAGGAGUAUCUGUUCUGGUCUCUCAAGGCUACAGUCAUCAAACAGUGUUUCGUGUUCUGACACUCUCAAUGAUUUCGUUGUGCUCUUAUUAAUGCACUAUGAGCCUGACAAAGUUGGACAGCUCUAUCCACGGCUUGAAAGUUUAAUAGGAGCCAUGCCUGCUUUUCUACAUGGGGGUGCUCAUGAUUUCGCCAUGGUAACAUUUACUCUAGUUUUCCAGUACAUAUUCCAGGUUCUCAUCAAGAAAGCGAACAGUAAGAACUGUACUUUUUGUUGAUGUAGUCUGAAAUUUUCAAGAGACCACCUUUAGUGGUCAUGAUUAACUGUUGAAAUUGUAACAAAUGGUAUGGUUUUUGGUAGAUUAUGUGGCCAUGUUUGUUAAUUGCAUUCAUUUUACAUCUGAAAAACAGGAAGAAAAGUAUGUCAUUGUGAUUUGUAUAAUUCAAAAAUGGUUAUCAACUCAUGUAAGUGCAUUGAAUAUUCAAAUCAUUGUGUAAAUUAUGAUUUAAAAAUUUAAAAUCUGAACAAUCAGCACAGAUGCAAUCAUACAUGAACUUCAAUGCAAUUUAUGUAGAUAA